AUGGACACUUCAGGCAAAACAAUCACCUGCCGGGCAGCCAUUGCCUGGGAGCUAAAUACUCCUCUUUCAAUUGAAGAAGUACAACUUGAGCCACCAAAGACUGGGGAAGUUCGCAUUAAGAUGAUAUCUACAGGGAUCUGCGGGUCUGAUGAUCACGUCUUGAAAGGAGACCUCCCAGUGAACUUCCCUUUAAUCCCAGGCCACGAAGGAGCUGGCAUUGUGGAGAGUAUUGGUAAUGGAGUGAGAUCUGUGAAACCAGGCGAUAAAGUCCUUACACUCAUUAUUCCACAGUGUAAAGAAUGCAGUUCCUGCUUGUACCCCAAGGGAAACUUCUGUGAGAAGCAAGAUGUUCUACCAUCUUCUGGAUUAAUGCUGGACGGGACCAGCAGAUUUACCUGCAAAGGACAAAAGAUUUAUCACUCCACGAGCACAUUCACUGAAUAUACUGUCGUACCUGAGAUUGCAGUGGCAAAAAUCGAUGAUGCAGCUCCUAUGGAUAAAAGCUGUGUCCUAAGCUGUGGGGUGCCUACAGGCUAUGGGGCCGCUGUUCAUUCAGCCAAGGUCGCCUGUGGAUCUACCUGUGUGGUUUUUGGACUUGGAGGAGUUGGUUCAGCCGUUGUCAUGGGCUGCAAAGCCUCUGGUGCUUCUAGGAUCAUUGGGGUUGACAUCAAUGAGGAGAAGUUUCCCCGAGCAAAAGCUUUAGGUGUCACCGAUUGUCUCAACCCUCGGAAUCUCAAGAAGCCCGUCCAGCAGGUGGUGGUGGAUAUGACAGGCGGUGGUGUUGACUUUGCCUUUGAAGCCAUUGGACUCACUGAUACCAUGAUUGCUGCUUGGGACUCCUGCCAACCAAGCCAUGGUGCCUGUCUGAUCAUUGGGUUGGCUCCAGCAAAUUCACAGCUUUGCCUCAAGCCAACAAUGAUCGUCUCGGGAAAGACAAUGAAGGGCGUUUGUUUAGGAGAUUAUAAAACCAGAGAUUGUAUCCCUCAACUAGUGACUGAUUACCUGCAAAAUAAGAUUAAUAUAGAUCCAUUAAUAACCCAUCAACUGCCUUUUGCCCAACUCCACAAAGCCCUUGAGUUGUACCAUGCUGGAAAAACCAUCCGCUGUGUUCUGCUGUUCUGA